CAAAGGGAGGAAGGAGACAAGGACCAAGAAAGAAGGAAAGGAAAGAAGUGAACAUGAAGGAGGGACAGAGGAAAGAAAACUACAAAGACGCUGUGUCUCUGCGUCGCGCUCCGAGGCUCAGUAUUUCCAUCCAGGAGCACAUGGCCAUCGACGUGUGCCCGGGACCCAUCCGACCAAUCAGAACCAUCUCCGCCUACUUCCCCCGACUGUCCCCCACCUCCCCUAACCCCGCCCCCUUUAGUACUGCCCCCUCCCCUUUCCCCACCUCCCCUACCCCCGCCCCCUCCUGCCUCAGCCCCGCCCCCUCGCUGCUGCCCCCUCGAGGCUCGUCUCUGAACAGCAGCGUGGACACGUCGGUGGAGAUGCACAGCUCUGACAGCGACGACUGCACGGCCCUGGGGACUCUGGAGUUUGACUUGUUGUAUGAGCAGUUUUCCAGUCAGCUGCACUGCACUGUGCUCAGAGCCAAGGGUCUGAAGCCCAUGGACUUCAAUGGUCUGGCAGAUCCUUAUGUCAAACUGCACCUGCUGCCCGGGGCAUGUAAGGCAAAUAAACUGAAGACUCGGACAAUCCGGAACAGUCUGAACCCGACCUGGAACGAGAAGCUCACCUACACCGGGAUCACAGCCGAAGACCUGCACCGCAAGACCCUCAGGUUGACAGUUUGUGAUGAGGACAAACUGACUCAUAAUGAGCUCAUCGGAGAAUCACGAGUAGCUUUGAAACGACUCAAACCGAACCAUCCCAAACGGUUCCACACCUGCCUCGAACACCCGCCCCCCCUUCCGUCUCCGUCAGCGACUGGAGAGGCUCUCAGAGGAAUCUCCUGUUACCUGCGUGAGUGGGAGAAGGAGCAGUUGCAGAGUCUGGAGGAGAGGGGGCGCCUGCUGCUCUCCCUCCAGUUCCUGUCGGCUCCCGAGGACCCGGCGGAGCUCCAGAUGGGGGAGGGUGUCGCUCUCACCGACACCCCAAAAACAGGCCUCUAUGUCGGGGUCAAACGCUGCGCUCACCUGGCCGCCAUGGACGUCAAUGGUUUCUCCGACCCCUACGUCAAAAUAUACCUGAAGCCCGACCUGCAGAAGAAAUCCAAGCACAAAACCCAAGUCCUCAAGAAGACCCUGAACCCAGAAUUCAACGAGGAGUUCUUCUAUGAGAUCUCUCUGUCGGAGCUCAGCGCUAAGACUCUGGAGGUGACAGUUUGGGACUACGACCUCGGGCGCUCCAAUGACUUCAUCGGCGGCGUGUGUCUGGGGCCUCAGUCUCAGGGCGACGCUCUGAGGCACUGGACCGAGUGUCUGAAGAACCGAGGCCAGAGGAUCGAGAGAUGGCACAUUCUGACCAACGAACUGCCCCAGAACCAGGACUAG